CUUCUACAUUAAAGAACAUUUAUUGUAUGCUGUAUCAUAUUCUUUAUUAAUAAUAGUUUCACUUGAGAUAAUAAUAAUAAGGGAUUGCUGUGUUAGUAGAAAAAAGAAUUCCAAAAUCUACCCUACGGGGCAUCUGCGGCACAAAAAUGGUUCAGAUUAGCCAUGUCCUGUAAGUGGCGCCGUUUAUCGAAAUUCAGCACAGACAGGCAAGGAUCACGCGCAAGUCGCGAUAAAUAGAAUGAGUGGACCUCGACCAUCCGAAUCGCGCUGUUUCAACGAGAACUCUCCCAGGCCCCCUGUUCCUGGCGAGGAAAGGGGUGGUUACCAAGGCAGGUGUCAGCAGUCGUUGUCCAGCAUCAGCAAUAAUCGACAACAUCCGGAUGCGCCUGUAUCGCAACUGCAACAACAACAACAACAACAACAGCUGCAGCAGUCGAGGCGCACGAGCUGCGAUGCCAAUCACAAAACGACGAGCUUCAUCGUCUCGGCCAGCAGCAGUAGUAACUCAGCCCCAUUGGGUUUCGAGCUGGAGGGUCGUGGCUGCUGCUACGCUGCCGCUGACGACGACGACGACGUCAACGGCGGUAGGCCAAGUGUCAAACACCAUCAGCAACAGCCAGUCGUCAUGGAGGUCGGUUGUGUGGUCGACAACAAGGGAAAAGACGAGGCGACGAGUAGCGGCACGCCAUCGUCGGCCUCGUCGUUGGCGUGUCUGCAAUGGACGCGAAGUUUGCGCGCCCUGCUCGAGGACAACCGGGGCCACCAGCUCUUCAACCACUACCUGCAGCAGGAGGGCGACAACCAGGCCCUGUCGUUCUGGUUCGCCUGCGAGGGUCUCAAAGAGGAGCGGGAUCCCAAAAAACUCCAGACUCUCUACAAGGUCCUUUACAGAAGGUUCUUCCAGAAAUCGAAGCUAGAAUUACUGCCGGAAGAGUUGCGCAAGGAGGUGACGCAACGCUACCUGGAGGCUCGCGCUGAGAAGCGCUUCAACCAGGGCAUGUUCGAGCAAGCCCAGCGGGAGAUCGAGCGUCUACUCGAGGAGACGGCUUAUCGGAACUUCCUGCGCUCGGACGUUUACCUCCAGUACGUGCGCAAUUGCCAGUGCGCCGAGCAAAACGCCGCUAUUGGCAGGUCCUCGGUGUCGUUGUCGUCGUCCACGAAGGAUCGCGAGCUCGGCAACGAGGACGUCGCCAGUGGUGCCGGUGGUGCGGACAACAGCAACGAGUGCCCGAGCUCGCCGGACGAGCCCUCGUUGUCGUGCGCGUCCAGCUUGCUGCCCACUUUACACGAAGACAGUGAGCUCUCGUCACAGCAACAGCAUCACCUUCAUCACCAGCAGCAAGCGUCGUCGGAAAGUCGAAGCGAGAGCUCGGCGAUGCCGGUGAGCCAAGAUUUUGCCAAGGCGGAGAUGAGACUGACCAAAGACAUACUCAUGGCCACGCAGCAGUACCGGGCUCUCGACGUCAGAGUCAGGCCAAAGCCCGAGGCCUAUGCUGGCGUUUACCUGCAACACGGAGCUAGUCCCUAUCACGCGUCGGUGCCAACGAGACCGCGCGCCCAAUAUUGCUCGUACAAUCCGGUCUCGAGACAGGACUCGGAACUCCAGAGCUUGAGCAGCGACGCUCGCACCGAGUCUGAUAAUCUCUCGCUCACCGACGCGUCUCUCGACAGCGCAUCGAUGUCAAGACGACCGACCACGCGCAAACAGUACGCCAAGCAGUACCAGCAGAUGAAGAGAUCGGCAACGAUGAACCGGGACGCGAUGCCCCAAGACAAUUUCGUGCAACGAACGCAAAAGUUGUCCCGCGAGCAGACCCAGCCGAUGAAGCCCGAGGUUUUCGCCAAUCUGCUGAUCGAAAAGCUGAAACGCCUGCAGGUGGAGAGGGAGAAGCACGAGAAGCUCGUGCACAAGCUCAGAGAAGUCGAACCGCCCAUGAGCCACAACGAUAGCAUGUGCGACAGCUCGAGCUUGAACAGCGUGUCGAUUCACCACCAACAACAGCACCAGCAACUGUCGAGCAGCUGCAUGAGCAUGGGCAGCGGCAGCACGGGUGGGCUCCAGUCGCGCAACUUCGCCGACGCUCUGCGCGAGAAGCUGCAGCUCGAGGAGGACAGCGACCAGGCCAUCCUCGACCAGCACGUCUCGCGCGUCUGGUCGGACCUAACGCCCUCGCGUUCACCCAAGCUCUCGUCACCCCGGCCAAGAUCCCCCGACAAGUGUCGCCGCCUGCAACAACAACAGCAACAACAGCAGCAGCAACAACAACAACAACAACAACAACAACAACAGCAACAGCCACCGGUUUAUAGGAGCCAGCGCAAAGAGAAGGACGUGUUCUCGACCUUCUCCGGGGACAGUGGUAACGUACAUGAUUUCCCGGAGGCGGGUGAGCUACACGCAGCUGGCAGUAUGAGCUCGUUGGGCUCGCACCACAUACCCAAGAGCAAAUCCGUGCCCUCGGAUUACGCCGAUUCGCUCCACAAGCAGGAUCUGUACCUCCAAGGCCAAGAUCCGAGGUAUCGAAGGUUGGACGCGGCGCGCUCGUCGGCGACGAAAAAGUCGAUGACCGAACUGACGGACAGCGGAGUGUCGGUGGUGAGCGACGCGCCGCCGGCCGGCUUCAAGGAGAACAACAGCCGGCUGCUCAAUUGGCUGAAAGAAACGGACGGCGCCGUGGCCGGGUGUAAGGUGGACGCCACGUCGAUGGGCGGUAGCAUAGCUGUUAGCGCCAAGCCCAGCAGUAGCCGCAAGAAGUUCAGUAACGCGCCCCAACAACCGUUUGUUGGUGAUCCAGGCAUGCCUUUGCUUCCGCAACCGCACAUUCCAACGCAGCUGGAAGAGGCGAGCAGACGGCUCGAGUACGAGAAGUACGAACAGAAUCGAAAUAGACAGCGAUACCCGGGUUCGAGCACGAGUACGAAGCAGCUGUCGGAUUACGAACAGCAGUUGCAGCAACAGCAGCCGCCACCGCCCCCGAUGCAGCCGGCUUUGUCGUCGUGUAUGCAGUCGAGCCAGUCGACCCUCAGGCGGGGCAAACAAGACGCCCCGAGCGAGUUCACCACCGUUGUGUUCAGCUUUUGCGAGGAGAAGGUGCCCUACAGGACCAAGAUACCCGGUUACAACGUCACCCUCAAGCAGUUCAAGGACGUCCUUCCGAAGAAAGGCAGCUACAGAUAUUUCUUUAAAACCGAGUGCGAAGACUUGGACAUGAAAGUCAUCCAGGAGGAGAUAACGGACGACGCCGAGGUACUGCCGCUGUGGGAGGGCAAAGUAAUGGCACAGGUGAAGGCUCUCGAAUAAAGUAAUCGCCGCUUGCCAUUUUUGUACACAUGCUUCACCGUCGAUUUUUGUUUGAACAAACGAAAAAAAAAAAAAAAAGAGUGGACGGUGGACUCCAGGAGGAGCUCGCUCUAUUCUUUUCCGAAGCGCUUCCACACGAGGGUCCUUCGAGAGGAACGCCCGCGAUCAACGGUCUAAUUAAUGUACAUCGAGUGAGAAACGUACGCAGAAUUCAUUGUUUGAUUUCUCAAUUGUUUUUUUUUUUAUUAUUUUUUCAAAGAAAAAAAAAAAAAAAAAAACGAGCGUGUAGUACAGACGAGAGAUAAUCAGAUUCGGUGCGAAGUAUUUUUUUUCGCGGCUGUACUGUUUUUAUUAUUAUUUGAUCGCGAAACACCACUGUUUGUACAUAAUAACAACGUCAUGCGUUAAGAUUUUUUUGUUUUAAUUAAGUAUUUUUACGUGACAAAAAAUUGUUUAGCGUUUAAUUAUUUAAAAUUCAGCAUUACGGACAAUCGACUGUAUAGUUUUAAAUGUAAAAAUGAUAUACGUGGUUGGCAAAAAAUAUGAGCACCGAAAUUGUGCGUAGGCCUCUAUCAGUAAUGUAAAUACAACGAAAUAAACAAAAAGGCAGAUAUUGUAAUUUUAACCCGUGAAAGAAAGAUAUUGAGAACUUUGAAAGGAUCAAGCAAAACCAAAAAAAGUCGAAGUCUCUUCGCUCUUUUUUUGAUUAAUUUUUUAAUUUUUCCUCUUCAUUGUGUGUGAAAGACUUGAACAAAAGGCGCGUUUAACGCCACUCUUUUUUAACGACUAAUUUAUACGUACGAAUUGAAA